CGCGGCUAGUGCGCGCAGCUAUCAUGGGAGCGCCGGGCUCCGGCAAGGGCACCGUGUCCUCGCGCAUCACCAAACACUUCGAGCUGAAGCACCUCUCCAGCGGGGACCUGCUCCGAGACAAUAUGCUUCGGGGCACAGGUGGUGCAGAAUCCACCUGCCAAUGCACACGGGUUCGAGCCCUGGUCCAGGAAGAUCCCACAUGCUGCGGAACAACAAAGCCCAUGUGCCACAACUACUGAGCCUGUGUGCCACAACUACUGAGCCCGCGUGCCACAACUACUUGAGCCCGCGUGCCUAGAGCCUGUGCUCCACAACAAAGAGAAGCCACAGCAAUGAGAAGCCCACGCACCGCAAUGAAGAUUAGUCCCCGCUCGCCACUACUGGAGAAAGCCCGCGCACAGCAACAAAGACUCAACGCAGCAAAAAAAAAAAAAAAAGUUCAUACACUUUGCAACAUGUAUCAGUACUUCACUUCUUUUUAUGGCUAAACAAUAUAAUUUUGUAUGGAUAUUCCACAUUUUAUUUACCCACUUGUCAUUUGAUGAAGAUUUGAGUUGUUUUCGCUUUUUGGCUAUUGUGAAUAACGUUGCUGUGAACAUUAACAUACAAGUUUUCGUGUGAACUUACAUUUUUAUUUCUCUUGGAAAAAUAUACCUGAGUUGAAUUGCUGCGUCAUGUAGUAACUCUGUUUAAACCUUUGAAAAACUGCCACACUGUUUUCCAAAUUGUCUAUACCAUUUAUAAUCCCACAAGCAAUAUAUGAGGGUUUCAAUUUCUCAACAUUCUUGCCAACAUUUGUCUUUUUUGUUGUUGUUGUUAUGUCUUUUUGAUUAUAGCCAUCCUGGUGAGUGUGAAGUGAUAUCUCAUUGUGGUUUCCAUUUGUUAUUUCCCUAAUGACUAAUGAUGUUGAGCAUCUUUCCAUGUGCUUAUUGGCCAUUCAUAUAUCUGUUUUUUUGUAUUCAGAUCCUUUGCCCGUUUAAAAAAAUGGAUUUCCUUUUUAAAUGCUGAGUCAUAAGAAUUCUUUAGAUAGUCUAGAUAAAAGUUCCUUAUUAGGUAUAUGAUUUACAGGAAUGUUCUCACAUUCAGUGGAUUGGAUUUUCACUUUGGUGAUGGUGUUCUUUGAAGCAUGAAAGUUUUAAAUUUUAAUGAAGUCCAUUUAAGAGUUUUGUAGUUUUAGCUCUUACAUUUAGGUCUGUGAUAUACAUAUUGAGUUAAUUUUUUAAUAUGGUGUUAGGUAGAGGCCCACCUAACCUAACCUGUUCUUUUGUGUAUGGAUAUUCUGUUUUCCCAGCACCACUUGUUGAGAAGACCAUUUCUUCCCCCAUUGAAUUGGCUUGGUAUCCUUGUUGAAAAUCAAUUGACCGUAAAUGUGAGGGGUUAUUUCUUGGCUCUCACUUCUGUUCCAUGUGUUCACACAAAAACUUAUAUAUGAAUAUUCAUAGCAACAUUAUGUCUAUCCUUAUGGCAGUACAAACAGUCUUUUGAAAUCCGAAGUGUAUGUCCUCCAACUUGGUUCUUCUUUUUCAAGAUUGUUUUCAGCUAUUCUGGAUACCUUGCAUUUCCAUAUGAAUUUUACAGUCAUUUUGUCAGUUUCUACAAAGACACCAGCUGGAAUUUUGAUAGGAUUGCAUUGAAUCUGUAGAUCAUUUUCAAAGAGUCUUGCCAUCUUAAUAUUAACUUUUCUAAUCCACGAAUAUAAGCUAUCUUUCCAUUUAGUUAGGUCUUCUUUAAUCUCUUUCAACAAUGUUGUGGUUUUCAGAUUACCAGUUUUGUGCUUUUUUAAAAGAGUAUAUUGCUAAGUUUUUUAUUCUUUUUGAUACAAUUGUAAAUGGAAUUUUCUUAAUUUCAUUUUCAUAUUGUUCAUUUUUGUAUACUUGUACCUUGAAACUUUGCUGAACUCAUUUAUUAGUUCUAAUAGUUUUUUAGUAGAUUCCUUAGGAUUUUCUAAAUACAAGAUCAUGUCACCUGGAAAUAGAGAUAAUUUUACUUCUUCCUUUCUGGAUGCCUUUUGUUCUUUUUCUGGACUCAUUGCCCUGGCUACAGUCUCUGGUACAGCGUUGAAAUGGCAAGAACAGAUCAUCUUUUCUUAAGGCUAUUCUUAUACUUAAUAUAAAAUUAGGUACUUUAUUAGUUAAUCCCAUCAUCUCAAUCCAUUUGUUGCCAUUAGUUGAGGGCUUGUCCUGAAGAGUGAGAGGGGAGGGGAGGGACCAAUACUCGUUUUAGGGACUCAGCCCUGGAGAAUUACGAUUUUCCUCAAUACUGAGUUUGAGCUCUAUGUUCCCCAGAGCAGUGGUCAAAACCCUGACAACAGAGAGGUGCACACAUUAAGUAUGUGGACCUUUCCAAGAGGGUAUUUUAGAGAGUCCUGGGCGCUCUCAGAACCCAGGGCCUCUUCCAGAUGCCGUUUAUAAACCCAAGCAGUACACCUGUCAAAUGGCAGCCAAUUUCCAUGUAGUUAGUGUGCUUAGUUAGAAAUCUAAAGUUUCAUGAAUUUGACAAUUUAGGAUAUGUUCUGAAGUCAGUAUGUCAGUCCAUACCAAAAAUUAUGAAAACAGUCAUAAACUUUAAAAAAAAAAUUUUAUUGGAUUAUGGUUGCUUCACAACGUUGUGUUAGUUUCUGCUAUACAGCAAAGUGAAUCAGUUAUAUGUAUACAUAUAUCUCCUCUUUUUUAGAUUUCCUUCCCAUUUAGGUCACCACAGAGCUCUGAGUAGAGUUCCCUGUGCUAUACAGUAGGUUCUCAUUAGUUAUCUAUUUUAUACAUAGUAGUGUAUAUAUGUCAAUCCCAAUCUCCCAAUUCAUCCCACCCCCUCUCCCCCCUUGGUAUCCAUGAAAACAGUCAUAAACUUUGACUGUUUAAUCUCUGAAUCCUGAGAAUUUAUCCAUCAGAAAUAACUCAGAAGCCCCCCCCCAAAAAAGAAAAAAAAAGUGUUAAGAUCUUUAAAAGCAGAAGUGGUAGGGAAAAAUCAAGACUAAUUUAAAAAUUUAAAUGUCUAACAGUAUAUAUUGCCAUGAUAGAGUAUUUUUUAAUUUUUUUUUUUUAGAGUUUUUUUUUUUUUGAUGUAGACUUUUUUUUUCGCUGCGUUGGGUCUUCAUUGCUGCACGUGGGCUUUCUCUAGUUGUGGCGAACAGGGGCUACUCUUCGUUGCUGUGCUCAUGCUUCUCUUUGUGGUGGCUUCUGUUGUUGCGGAGCAUGGGCUCUAGGUUGUGCAGGUUUAAGUAGUUGCGGCACGCAGGCUUCAGUAGUUGUGGCUCGCGGGCUCUAGUGUGCAGACUCAGUAGUUGUGGCGCACGAGCUUAGUUGCUCCGCGGCAUGUGGGAUCUUCCCGGACCAGGGCUCGAACCCGUGUCCCUUGCAUUGGCAGGUGGAUUCUUAACCACUGUGCCACCAGGGAAGUCCAAAAGAGUAUAUUUUUAUCAAACAUAGAUAUAUACUGAUAGAGUAUUAGUUACCAAAAAUGACUAAAUGACUAUAUAAAAUCACUGAAAAAUAUUUACAAAAUGAUGCUAAGUGAAAAAAGAGCACAAAACUAUAAGUACACAGGUUUGUUUGUUUGUUUUUUCUUUGUUGGUAAGCGGGCCUCUCACUGUUGUGGCCUCUCCCGUUGCGGAGCACAGGCUCCAGACGCGCAGGCUCAGCGGCCAUGGCUCACGGGCCCAACCGCUCUGUGGCAUGUGGGAUCUUCCCGGACCGGAGCACGAACCCGUGUCCCCUGCAUCGGCAGGCAGACUCUCAACCACUGCGCCACCAGGGAAGCCCAGUACACAGAAAUUGGUGUGUUAGCCAAGACUUUCAUUGACCAAGGGAAGCUCAUCCCAGACGAUGUCAUGACUCGGUUGGUCCUUCAUGAGCUGAAAAAUCUCACCCAAUGUAGCUGGCUAUUGGAUGGUUUUCCAAGGACACUUCCACAGGCAGAAGCCCUGGAUAGAGCUUAUCAGAUAGACACAGUGAUUAAUCUGAACGUGCCCUUUGAGGUCAUCAAGCAACGCCUCACUGCUCGCUGGAUCCAUCCAGGCAGUGGCCGUGUCUACAACAUGGAAUUCAACCCUCCCAAAACCAUGGGCAUUGAUGAUCUGACUGGGGAGCCUCUCAUUCAGCGUGAGGAUGAUAGACCAGAGACGGUUGUCAAGAGACUGAAGGCUUACGAAGCCCAAACAGAGCCCGUCCUGGAAUACUACCGGAAAAAAGGGGUGUUGGAAACAUUCUCCGGAACAGAAACCAACAAGAUCUGGCCAUGUGUAUAUGCUUUCCUACAAACAAAAGUUCCACAAAUAAACCAGAAUGCAUCAGUUACUCCUUGAGGAAAAGUGCAUAUAACUAGUAAGAUGAGCAGAAGCUCCUUGUCUGUGCAUUUAGAAGUUCAUUGUCCUAAGACUCUGGCAUGUAUAAAUUCUUUGAAAAUUGUGUUUUAUUUCUUUUGAUUUUAUUCUGGAAAUUAAGGAUGUGCCAAAUGAGUCAGAUGUGAAGAUUCAUCUUUUGAAAUGUCUAUUGUGUUUUAUCCAGUUAUCUCCUAUGGAUGCACAAUUAAAAAACAUCAGAGAUGUCUCAACUUUUGAAAAUUACUGAGCAUAAUUAAAAGAGCAGUUGGUAAUAAUCUAAGUUUUGUUCAGAAGAGGAGUGGUUGAUAAAGUUUCCUUAUUUUUCUUGAAAAGUAAAAAAAAAAAAAUUCCAUGUCACUUGUGCAAAGUGUCUUAUCAGAGGCUUUUGUGUAGACUGAUGCUAAAAAAGAGAUCUCUAGCACUGUGGUACAGUUUUGUGGGACACUGUGUCUACAGAAUUCCAGAAAAAAAGCAACGGGAUUUACAGAUUAGUUGCAGAAUGCAAAUUCACUGCUGCCUUUUAUUGACCUAAAACAAACAGACUGCCAGAUAUUUCUCCAGCAACAUGGGUUUAUUCGAGGUCAGCAGAUAAUUGCAUUUUGGGGUCUGCAACCAUGGUGAGCCAUGUGCAAGUCCUCCUCACAGCAAGGGAAGGAGAAUGCUUUUAUAGAGGGAAAAGGAAGCUGGGAGGGCUAUAGUAAACAGAGUCCGUGUCUUUUCAUUGGCUGAGUCCUUGCCAGGAAAGGAGAGUCUGUCUUCUUCUGUUGGGCUCUACUAUCUUCACAAGUCAUGAGAGCUCCCCAUUCUGGUCUCCUGACUCUAAUUGAGGUGUCUAUUAUUUUUUUAUACUUUACACUAGCAAACUUAUAGUAGCCAUAUAUGCUAUAUUUUGUUGUUAAACAUACUUUCAGUUUACUCCAGAUUUUCGAUUUGCUAUAAAAGUAUCAAUUAGCAUAUAGGAAAAUAUAUUUUUCUAUGACUUAUUUUCUUUUGAAAAUAGUUGUAUACUGAGGGAUAUGAUUUGUUAGAAAUUGACAGCAUAAGUUCUUGCAAAAGCACCAAAGUUGAAUUUUCAAUAGAAUAUGUAAUUAAACUCUUAUGUUUUCAGGUGUUACUCAGGUUAAGAAAUGUGUAUUUAGGAUCUACUUGCCAGUUUCUCUUUUUGAUCCAAAUGUAUGAUCUGCCUUGAUGAGUAACAAAGAGAAAGAAAGAAAAGAGACAGACAGAAAGAAAGAAGCAUAAGAGAAAACCCAUGGCACUACGUAAAAUAAGCAUACUUUUUCAUUAGGAAAUCAAUCAUGUUUGCCUGGGGAAAAUUCCCUUGACAUAAAUAACAAUCAUGAUUAGUAAAGGUGUAGCAAUUAAAAGGAUUUACAUGACAUGUUAAAAAAAAAAACAGGAAACUGAUUGAUUUUGCUUGGAAGAGUUCUUUAUUCCUAAUCAAAGAAGUUGACAGCUACUAGUGUUAACUGCUAUCCUACCUUAAUGGGGAAGAAUUCUGCCGGUGAAUGUAAUCUGAGCAGCCAUUUUAAAACAAAAAUGAUUUGAUUCCUUAGUGGGGCAACUGGAUGCGUGCUUACACGGUGGCCUCUUAGGAAGAGCAGGGCAAUGAGAGGUGAAGGAGAAAUCCGACAAUAUCUUCAAUCUCUUACUUGGUGCUAGAUGAAAUGAAACAAGUCAUCGUAUAAACAAUUAUUAACUGCCUUUGAAAAUUUGGCCCGUUUUAUGCUAGGCACUGAAAAUACAAAUGCCAGCAAGCGAUUCUUACAUAUCUUGUGGGGAAAAAAAACUUACUUUUCUUAGAUUUUUAAAAAUUCAAUAUUGAUCUUUCAAAAGUGUACCAAGGCUUUAAAGUAUUAUGGUAAACAUUUCAUCCUUCACGAAACUUCCUUUAAUGCCUUAUUUGAAUGUUAAUAUUAUGUGCAUUCUAAAAAUGUUGGGAACUACUAAACUUAUGAAUUAUCAAACAUACAUUAAUAUCAGUGUAUUAGAAUUAAAUGAAAGUUUAGAACUGUGGAUAUUACAUUGUCUUUGGUAAUUCACAGAGCCCACUCUAUCUCACCUUCCCUUCUGCUGCCCUGAUGUCUCAUUUGCUUCUGAAUUAGUGUCUGCUUUCUAAAUAAUAAUUGUCUUAAAACAGUACUAUUUUAGAUACAUAGGCUGGUUUCAUUUUACACUUUAUCUCCUGCCAUAAUACUGCAGCCAUACUGGCCUUCUUGACACCUUCAGGAGAUUUAGAAAUCAAAAAGAGGGAUAGAAGAACAUAGCUAUGAAAAUUAAGACCCUUCUUCCUGUGAUCAUUCCCUCCCCACUCCCAAAACAACCCAAAGUUUUGCACAUACAUCCAUUACUUUGGGAGACGCCCACACUAUUAAAAAAAGAAUUUGUUUUCUGCUAUAAUAACUAUCAUUAUGAUUUAUGUGUCACAUGAAAAUAUGUCUGGAGUUGAAUGCCAUUGCCAGAAGCUAUUAUGCCUUAGUUAAAACUAAUAAGACUUCAACCCAUUACCUUAUUUUCUAGAGUACCACAAGUUAUUUUGGUACACAUUUCAUAAGCAGAAUGUGCUGUGGGAAAUGCCAAGUGGCGGUUAGUACCAUCCAGAAAUCUUAUUUAAUUCCAUUUGAAAUAGUUCAGAUUUCUAAACCCUACCCCACAGCUGCUUCCCCUCCAGCUAUUUACAAUGGUAUUUGAGCAAAAUAUUUUGGACAUUCAUACUUUGUGACAAAACUUACCUAUGUUAACAAUAAAUCAUGGUAAUUACAGACCUCAGAUUAUAUUAAAUUUCUGUAGUACUGUAACCAACAACAAUAAAUUUGUAUUUUAAAACAUG